AUGCUUUCAUAUUAGCAACAAGAACUUAUUGAAUUACUUUAAAGUCAUUCAAAAAUAGCCAUAGAUCGUUAAUUGAUAAGUUAAUUGUAUAAUAAAUGUUUGCAAGAUGUAAAUAGCUCAAUUAGUAUUAUAGCAUAAGUAAUGUACACUUCAGUAAUUUGAGAAGGUUUACAGGGAUGCAAUUUAGUUAUUGAGUUAGAAAAUAGCAAAUUCAAAAUAAUAAUUAAUAGAGGAACAGGAUAAUUUAGUAGCAAUAGAUGAGAGAUUAAAAAAUACAUAAUUGAUUAAUAAUAAUAAUCAUAGAACUCCUAUGAGAUUAAUAUUACAUUCAGCAUCAAUAUUGAAUUUGUAAGUUCAUAACAAGUUUAUGGUUGGAUAAUAUGCAUUUUACAUGAAAAUAGAGGAUUACUAUGAAUUUUAAAGUGAUUAUAAACCAAGUUAUAAUUUACAAUUCUAAUUAAAUCAAACAAUUGAUAUUUUAGAUGUUGGUGAUAGUAUUCUAUUAUCUUUGAAUACAGAUAGUUAAAAUUAGAUGAAUACUACUAUUGUGAUACCAACAUAUUCCUUAUAAUUUAAUAAAAAUGUGACUGAAUUAUUAACUUAGAAAGAGAAUGGGGAAUUAUUGGAAAUUGAAAUUACUUAUGAAAUUAAAGUUUUAGAUUAGAAAUUAUUAAAUCUUUAAUUAAAUUAAGCUCGUACUCUUGUAUUAUCAUAUAUCAAGAAAUUUGAAGAUGAAUUAGAAGAUUAUUCAUUGUAAUUACAGGAUUUGAGAUAGAUUAAGAUACCAUACAAUAAUGAGAUUGCUAAUGAAUUAAAUGAUGGAUAAAAUAUUCAUCAUAGUAGAUAAGAGUAAUCACACAAUACAUAUACAAUUGGAGUUCCAGAUUAUUAUCAUAAACCUUUAGAAUUAUAGAGUCAAGAUUGCUAAUUAAAUCCUCAAUUUUAGUAAAGACAAUCAAGUAUUAUACCUUACAUAAUUGGAAUAAUUUUAGCUUCAUUUAGUAAUAUUUUUAUAAAUAUGUUAUUUGAAUUAUCGUUUUUGAUGAUUAUUUUAAUAGUGAUUUUAAAAGAUGAUAGAACAAAUAUAUUUACAAAAUUAAUGAUUCUAUUAUCAUGGAUAAUGUUUGGAUUAAAUUUAUGGUUGUAUUAAUCAUAGAAUAUGAUCAACAUAACAAAUAUAUAAAUAGGAUGGUUAGGAAUAUGUAUAUUAUAAUUAUAUAAAAUUUAUUUAAUUUUUUUAUGAUAAAAUAAAUAAUAACUACACCUUUGUUCUAUGUCAAUGCAUAACCACAUAUAGGUCAUCUCUAUUCAAUGAUAUAUGCAGAUGCUAUUUCUAAGUAUAAAUCUAUAGAAUUGCUGACAGGAACUGAUGAACAUGGAUUGAAAGUCUAUAGAAGUGCCAAAAAUCAACCACUCUAAUAAUAUUGUGAUUCCAUUUCAGAUCAAUUUAAAUAAUUAGCGAAUUCAUUUAUUAAGUAUGAUCAAUUUGUCAGGACUACUAACCCUUAACAUAUCAUUAAAGUCUAAAAUAUUGGAAUCUACUUUAAAAUAAUGGAUUUAUAAUGAAAGACAUUUAUAAAGGAUAUUAUUUGUUAAGUAGAAAAAUCAUAUGUGAAUCAUAAAACUGAUCAAUAUUUGGAAGAAGAUAAUUACUUUUUCAAAGUUGAUAAAGAUUAUUUA